GGCCCCGCACUUUAAGGACUGAUUCUGGAGUGAGUGUUUAGAAACCACCUGAAGGUGAGCUGAGUAAGGAGUGCCUGUUCCAGUAUUUCCUGCAUUGCCUGCCUGGCCCCCUCCCUCCACAGUGACCUCUGUAGCGAUCGCUAUUUCCGCGUUCACCUGUUGCCGGCUAUGUCUCAGCCAGGGGCCGAGAACCAGGCAGCGGCCCGACCCCCGGCUUCCCCCUCCUGCCUCAGCUGCUCGGCUGCCGGGCAGCAGACGCAGCCGCCACAGGGGUCGAGCCAGCCGCAGUGCACCUGCCUGCGGGAGGGGAGCCCGGAGCUCGUCGCCUCGCCGGCGCCAGAGAGCGGAGUGUGUCCGGUUCACCGAGCCCAGGCGGACUGGUUCUGCUUCACCGAGGGCAAGGCGGUGUGCGCCCGCUGUGUCAUCCCGGGAGCCUGCAGCGACCACCUGGGCGCGGGCAUCGGGCAGGCGGCCGACCGCAUGAGGAAUAAGAUGGUUGAUGUUUGUGAAAAAUUGCAGCUGAGAAUAGCCUCUGUGCAGAGGUUCAUGGCAGAGACCCUGGACAGUAAAGAUCACCGUGUAAAGGAAAAUGCCAGUGGUUCCAGGGAGGUGAUCAUCCAACGCUUGAACUUUAUUCGUGAUGUUUGUGAGAAUGAGGAGCAGCGAGUGUUGGAUGCGAUCCACGAUGAAGAGGAACGAGUGCAGCAGAGCAUCUUAACCCAAAAAACCUAUUGGACGGAGGCCCACCAAAAGCUAGUGGACAUUAAAAAUUAUUUGGUGGACACACUGACCAGAAUGGAUGAUGGGGUGCUUAUGAAACACCAGAAGGAAAUAUUUGAAAGAGCGGAGGAAGCAGAGGGGAUUCUGGAACCCAAGGACUCAAACAAACUGAACUUCAACCUUGCCUGUGCUCACAGCGACCUCCUUAGUAGCCUUUGGGCAUCUGCGGUCAUGAUCUGUGUUGCAGGCACCAAGAACCUUCACAUUGAUGAGAGGACAUUGCACUCAUCCUUGGCACUGUCGGAAAAUAAAAAGAGGAUAACAUUUGCAAACAAGAAGGUCUACUUGUACCCAGACUGCCCUGAGCGCUUUGAUCAUUGGCCCAACGCCCUGGGACUGGAGCCUAUCCAAAGUGGACUUCACACCUGGAGAGUGGACGUGGAGAAAAGCGGGGCCUACAAAGUGGGGUUGGCAUACGGCUGUCUUCCACGCAAAGGCGCCGGCCAUGAAUGCCGGCUUGGAUACAACCCGUCCUCCUGGGUCUUAUCCCGGUACGAUGAAGAAUACACGGUGGCCCACAAUGGGCAGAUGAAGACCCUAGACCUACUGAGGCGUCCGGCAGUGAUUGGUGUGCUGGUAGACUAUGAAGGAGGUGAAAUCCUUUUCUAUGACCCUGACACCUAUGCCAUCUUACAUUGUUACAGAACAAAGUUCACUCAACCUAUAUAUGCAGCUUUGGCAGUAGCAAAUGAAAGUAUUGCAAUCAUCUAGUAGUAGAUGGGUAGAUUGUUGCAUCGAAUGGUAUCCCUGAUUCUCAUCUAAUAAUUUGGCUUUGGAAUUCCUUAUUCCUGAAGGCAUUCCGAUAUAAUAGUCUAGAAGUCAGCAAUUAUGCCAAAACUAGUUUCAACUGACCAUCAAACAUACAGAUGCUUCAUCUAUGGAUCAGAGUUUGGAUAAGAUGUUGACAGUGUCAACAUUGUAAUUAACCAGGGAAAGGUUGGGUUGUACUUGCUGAUCAACAAUACCCUCUUGAAAUCAAAAUGAUUUUCUUGCUGGUGUAAUUUCUAAUAAAAGUCAUUCUUGGGACAUGGUGCCUCUGGUCAGGAUGGGAUUCUCUCCUCAUCCGUGGUGGCAAGCUUCUUUAUUGAUAAAAUGGUAUUGGAUCAAAGCAAGUGAUGGUGUUGAUAGGAGCUUACCCCACUUGCCCAACCCCACUACCAGACCAGGUUAGACAGGACAACAGAUUUCUUUCCCUGAAGGACAUUAGUGAACUGACAAAUCAGAAUCAGAUUUAAUAUCACCGGCAUAUGCUGAGAAAUUUGGUUUUUCUGUGGCGAUAGUAUAUUGCAAUACAUAAUAGACAUUAGACAAUAGACAAUAGGUGCAGGAGUAGGCCAUUCAGCCCUUUGAGCCAGCACCGCCAUUCACUGUGAUCAUGGCUGAUCAUCCACAAUCAGUACCCUUUUCCUGCCUUCCCCCCAUAUCCCUUCACUCUGCUAUCUUCAAGAGCUCUAUCUAACUCUUUCUUGAAAGAAUCCAGAGGAUUGGCCUCCACUGCCUUCUGAGGCAGAACAUUACACAGAUCCACAACCCUCUGUGUGAAAAAGUUUUUCCUCAACUCAGUUCUAAAUGGUCUACCCUUUAUUCUUAAACUGUGGCCUCUGGUUCUGGACUCCCCCAACAUCGGGAACAUGUGUCCAAUCCCCUAAUAAUCUUAUAUGUUUCAAUCAGAUCCCCUCUCAGCCUUCUAAAUUCCAGUGUAUACAAGCCCAGUCGCUCCAAUCUUUCAACAUAUGACAUUCCCGCCAUCCCUGAAAUUAACCCAGUGAACCUACGCUGCACUCCCUCCAUAGCAAGAAUAUCCUUCCUCAAACUUGGAGACCAAAACUGCACACAAUACUCCAGGUAGGGUCUCACCAGGGCCUUGUAGAACUGCAGAAGGACCUAUUUGCUCCUAUACUCAACUCCCCUUGUUAUGAAGGCCAACAUGCCAUUAGCUUUCUUCACUGUCUGCUGUACCUGCAUGCUUACUUUCAGUGACUGAUGAACAAGGACACCCAGAUCUCAUUGUACUUCCCCUUUUCCUAACUUGACACCAUUCAGAUAGUAAUCUGCCUUCCUGUUCUUGCCACCAAAGUGGAUAACUUCACAUUUAUCCACAUUAAACUGCAUCUGCCCACUCACCCAACCUGUCUAAGUCACCCUGUAUUCUCAUAACAUCCUCCUCACAUUUUACACUGUCACCCAGCUUUGUGUCAUCUGCAAAUUUGCUAAUGUUACUUUUAAUCCCUUCAUCUAAAUCAUUAAUAUAUAUUGUAAAUAGCUGCGGUCCCAGCACCGAGCCUUGCGGUACCCCACUAGUCACUGCCUGCCAUUCUGAAAAGGACCCGUUAAUCCCUACUCUUUGUUUCCUGUCUGCCAACCAAUUUUCUAUCCAUGUCAGUACCCUACCCCCAAUAUCAUGUGCGUUAAUUUUGCCCACUAACCUUCUAUGUGGGACCUUAUCAAAGGCUUCUGAAAGCCCAGGUACACUAUAUCCACUGGCUUUCCCAUGUCCAUUUUCAUAGUUACAUCAAAAAAUUCCAGAAGAUUAGUCAAGCAUGAUCUCCCCUUUGUAAAUUCAUGCUGGUUCGGACCUAUCCUGCCACUGCUAUCCAAAUAUGCCGCUAUUUCGUCUUUUAUAAUUGACUCUAGCAUCUUCCCCACCACUGAUGUCAGACUAACUGGUCUAUAAUUGCCUGUUUUCUCUCUUCCUCCUUUCUUAAAGAGUGGGAUAACAUCAGCUACCCUCUAAUCCGCAGGAACUGAUCCUGAAUCUAUAGAACAUUGGAAAAUGAUUACCAAUGUGUCCACGAUUUUUAGAGCUACUUCCUUAAGUACCCUGGGGUGCAGACCAUCAGUGAUUUAUCAGCCUUCAGUCCCAUCGGUCUAUCCAACACCAUUUUCUGCCUAAUGCGAAUUUCUUACAGUUCCUCCAUUACCCUAGGUCCUCUGGGCACUAUUACAUCUGGGAGAUUGUUUGUGUCUUCCCUAGUUUGUGUCUUACCUGUUCAGCUCGUCUGCCAUGUCCUUGUUCCCCAUAAUAAUUUCACCGGUUUCUGUCUUCAAGGGCCCAACUUUGGUUUUGACUAAUUUUUUCCUCUUCACAUACCUAAAGAAGCUCUUACUAUCCUCCUUUAUAUUCUUGGCUAGCUUACCUUCAUACCUCAUCUUUCCCCCCUGUAUUGCCUUUUUAGUUAUUUUCUGUUGCUCCUUAAAAGUCUCCCAAUCCUCUGGCUUCCCGCUCAUCCUUGCUAUGUUAUACUUACUCUCUUUUAUUUUUAUACUGUCCUUGACUUCCCUUGCCAUCCACAGUCGCCCCUUACUCCCCUUAGAAUCUUUCUUCCUCUUUGGAAUGAACUGAUCCUGCACCUUCUGUGUUAUUCCCAGAAAUACCUGCCAUUGUUGUUCCACUGUCAUCUCUGCUAGGGUAUCUUUCCAGUCAACUUUGGCCAGCUCCUCCCUCAUGGCUCCAUAGUCCCCUUUGUUCAACUGUAAUACUGACACUUCCGAUUUUCCCUUCUCCUUCUCAAAUUGUAGAUUAAAACUUAUCAUAUUAUAGUCACUACCUCCUAAUGGCUCCUUUACCUCGAGUUCCCUUAUCAAAUCUGGCUCAUUACACAACACUAGAUCCAGAAUUGCCUUCUCCCUGGUAGGUUCCAAUACAAGCUGCUCUAAGAAUCCAUCUGGGAGGCACUCCACAAACUCCCUUUCUUGGGGUUCAGUACCAACUUGAUUUUCCCAGUCUACCCGCAUGUUGAAAUCUCCCAUAACAACCGUAGAAUUACCUUUGCGACAUGCCAAUUUUAACUCUUGAUUUAACUUGCACCCUAUAUCCAGGCUACUGUUUGGGGGCCUGUAGAUAACUCCCAUUAGGGUCCUUUUGCCCUUACAAUUUCUCAGUUCUAUCCAUACUGACUCUGCAUCUCCUGAUUCUAUGUCCCCCCUCGCAAGUGACUGAAUUUCAUUCCUCACCAACAGAGCCACCCCACCCUUUCUGCCCACUGUCUGUCCUUUUGAUAGAACGUAUACCCUGAAUAUUCAUUUCCCAGCCCUGAUCCUCUUGCAGCCAUGUCUCUGUUAUUCCUACAACAUCAUACUUGCUAAUUUCCAACUGAGCCUCAAGCUCAUCCACUUUAUUUCUUACACUCCGUACAUUCAUAUAUAAUACUUUUAAUCCAUUUAAAGUAAUACUUCUACCCCCCUCACCUUUCACAUUGAUUCCUAUUGCACUUGGCCAUACUCUGCGAUCCCUUCCUGAGCUUUCUGUCCCAUUAAUUCUGUUGUCUUUCUUAACUUUCCUUAUUCUCUCUUUCCCUUUAACUCCAUCCUUAUAUUUCCUCUCCUCCCCCCCAACUACUUUGUUUAAACACACCCGUGUAGCAGUGGCAAACCUGCCUGCCAGAAUGCUGGUCCCCGGCCUGUUAAGGUGCAACCCGGCCCUUUUGUACAAUUCAUCCUUACCCCAAAACAGAUCCCAGUGGUCUAAAAACCUGAAUCCCUGCUUCCCGCACCAGCUCCUCAGCCACACAUUCAAAUCCCUUAUCUCCCUGUUCCUGCCCUCAUCAGCAUGAGGAACUGGAAGCAAACCAGAGAUAACCACCCUGGAGGUCCUGCUUUUCAGCCUUCUUCCGAGUUCUCUGAAGUCACGCUGCAGAAUUUCUUUCCUCCUCUUCCCGACAUCAUUUGUGCUGACAUGCAUUACCAUUUCUGGCUGUUCACCUUCACCCUUGAGGAUGCCCUGCAAUUGGUCCAUGACGCCCUUGAUGCUGGCACCAGGGAGGCAACACACCAUCCUUAAAUCCUGCCCGUUGCCACAGAAACCGCUUUCUGUACCUCUCAUUAUGGAGUCCCCUACUACCACAGCUCUGCCUGACUUCUGUCUCCUCGGCUUGGCUUCAGCACCAAUUUUUGACUCGCAGACCUGUCCGCCUCCCAGACUGGCAGAGUCUUCUGUCCCGACAGCUUCCAAGAGGGUGAACCUGUUUUCAAGGGGUACAUCCCCCAGGGUCUCUGUACUCCAAGCAUCCUUCCAAUCCUAAUCAUCACCCCCCUUCUCUCUUCUAGUGUCUUCGGUGUAACGAUCUCGCUGUAGGUCCUGUCCGGAAAACUCUUGUUUUCCCUGAUGAUCCUGAGGCAUCCAGUUGAUUCCCCAGUGCCCCACACGGUCCUUCAGGAGCUGAACCUGGACACACUUUUCACAUCAGUGUCCCUGACCUCCUACAUCAUGCAAGCAUCACACUGAAUCAGUUGACCUGUCACUUCUAAUAGAGAAUUGAAUAAUAAUAGAGAAAAUAACUGAAUUACACUAUAUUUUUAUUAGUUAAAUUAAAUACAUAGUGCAAAAACAAAGUAGUGUUCAUGGGUCCAAUGUCCGUUCAGAAAUCGGAUGGCAGAAGGGAAGAAGCUGCUUCUCAAACGUUGAGUGUGUAUCUUCAGGCUCCUGUACCUCCUCCCUGAUGGUAGCAAUGAGAACAGGACAUGUCCUGGGUGAUGAGUGUCCUUGAUGGAUGCUGCCUUUUUGAGGCACUGCUCCUUGAAGAUGCCCUGGAUACUACCGAGUUUGUUAUUUUGUGUCAAUAUUUGCAAAGCUAUAUUGACGUUGCCAGCUUUUUAUUUUCAGGGUUUAGAAAUGAUCAGCUUUCUGUGAAAUGAACUUGUUCAUGAGAUUAUUAACCCAGUUAUCGAUCUGCUUCAGUGGAAGCAUCAAAGAUCCUUGAGAGUAAAUGUUGACAGGACAUUUAACUGUCAGGGACUUAUGGGAAGGAGGAGUCUUUGGAUAACGAGAACAGACAUCAGUGGGUGUUCAUCCUCCUAAAAUGAGCUUUGUGUGGUAGUUACAAUCCUACCUCAGUCACGUGGUACCUGCUGGAGACGGUUAAUCCAAGCCUGGUAGCUGGCAACAGUCAUGAAGUUUUCAAGAUGGGCAGUUUAUGAAAGGACAUGUCUUAUAUUCAGACAAGGUCACUGUUAGUGUAGGACUCAGAACCUCCAGACUUGUUUGAGUUCACUGCAAAGUUUAGGUCUUAUUUCCAUGUAUAAUGUGACCAAGUGAUCUUGAGUGGGAGAGGCUAGAGAGAUGAAUAGCAUGUCCCCUACUUCAGUUCUUUCAUGCACGUCCAAAGUCACAGGUCAGUGAUCCACGAUAAGAGAGUUAUGUUAUGUUGUUUUCCUCACUAUGCCUCUAUCUCUGCCCCUCUGUCUGCCCCUCUCUCUUUCCCUCUUUCUUUCCCUUCACUUCUUGCACGUCACACUUCUCCCCUGUCCUCAUGACCUGCCCAUCACCUCUCUCUGGUUCCCAACCUCCUCCCCUUUAUUCCACUAUCCACUGCCCUUUUCUAUUAGAUUCCCUUUUCUUCAGCCCUGUAACCUUUUCUGCCUAUCACCUCCCGGCUUCUUUCAUCACCCACCUUCUCCUCAUCUGGUCUUACCCAUCAGUUGUCAGCUUGUAUUUCUUCCCCUUCUCCUACUCAUUCUGGCUUCUGCCCCCUUCCUUUCCACUCCUGAUGAAGGGUCUCGGUCCAAAGCAUCAACUGGAACUCCCUCCAUUGAUGCCCUCUGACCUGCUGAGUUCCUCCAGCAUUUUCUGCGUGUUGCUCAAGAUUUCCAGCAUCUGCAGAAUCUCUUGUGUCUACAUCAUACUGUCAGAUCAUUUAAAGGGACUUAGAGAGGGAUGGGGUCAAUCCUCUGGGAAUUAAACCGGAAUUCCAGGAAUUUAUGUAAUGCUCUGCGCAGCACAAGGAAAAAGUUAAUAAGUGUAGCUAAAUAUAUAUAUGUUUACCCCUUGGGUGUGAGUAGGUUGGUGGGAAGGGCAAGGAGAUGUGGUGGGACACUGUGCUUGUGGCUGUGACAAAUUCAGCGAGAAAUGACAUCAGCAGUGGCAGGAUUAGGCAAAUAGUUUGAAGAUUAACUGAAGUUCUGGUGGAUUAUAUAACUGAAAGAUGGUGUCACCCUGUAUAGGAAAUAUAGGGGAAUAAAAGGGAGGUGGGGGUAACAUGGAGGUCAGGCUACAGGAAGGUCAGUUUACUCAAGAAGUAAGAAAUUCCAGGAGAUCGUCACCAUGGUUCAUGCCAUCAUCUGAAAUCUCUCUGAUGCUGACACAAGGACUACAGGUGCGGAAAUCUGGAGCAACAAACAAGGCGCCAGAGGAGCUCAGUGGGUCAGGCAGCAUCUGAAGAGGGAAAUGGACACUCAGUAUUUUGGGUUGAGACCCUUCACCCUGGAUUAGACCCUUCACCCUGGACUGAAAGAUAGAGGGGAGAGAGAGCAUAGAAAGAUGGGGAGUAGGUGUUGGGCAAAAGCUGGCAGGUGAUAGGUGGACCCAGGUGAGGAGGGGAGAGUGGAAAUAGCAAAAGAGGCUGGGAGGUGACAAGUGGAAGUGAUAAUGGCCGAACACAGUGGAACCGGAUGAGGGAGGAGGGUGGAACAUUGAACUUAAUAAGGGAGGUGGGAGUGCAGAUGGCCCAGUGGGUGGAGGGAUUGGCAGAGGGAGUGGGUGAAGAAGGGAAAAGAAAUAGGGUACUGGAGGUGCUAGGCUUGUGUAGGAGGAACUGGGUAGGUUUGGAGGAAAGAGUAAAUGGACAGAGGAACUGGGUAGAUUUGGAGGAAAGGGUAAAUGGACAGAGGGGGAUCAGUUUACUUGAAAUUGCUUUCUGAAUUCUCCAGUGCUUUUGAUCACCUUUUGGUUUCGAUUAUACUCUGGAAAUGUAUUUUUCCAGUGAAUGAGCUGAUUCUGGACCCAAAAACAUCCUCAGCCUGUUACAGAAUUGCUAUUCAGAGACUCUCAAGGCUGAAUUUCUGAAAGAACAUCUUGCCUGGACCUUGAUAUUUAAUGAUGAAUGUAUUACUUAGUAGUCUGUUAUAAAUAACUAAAGUAUUUAAUACGAAGUUUGUACCUUUU